AUACCUUUGCUUCGUGGUACAUCGUUUCUUAUUAUUUGGUUGCUUACGAGGAAUCAUCAGGGUACCUCUGCUACACAAGGUUGUGGUUCCUUGAGAAACAACUCACUACAGAGUCCUAGAUAUCCAAACAAGUACCCAAGAAAUAUGGAUUGUGUAUAUCAGAUUGCCAUUCCUCAAGGCAUGGCUAUGAGGAUUUAUUUCGAAAAGUUUGAGCUGGAGGAUUCGUUGGAAUGCCGUUUUGACUAUGUAGAGAUUUUUAACCAGAAGUACUGUGGAGAGAAGACUGGAAAAAUGAUGGAAAUAAGAGGAGGCUACGCCGUGAUAAAAUUUCAUUCAGCUUCAGAUAUUCAGAGAGGAAGAUUCUCGCUACUGUUUACUUCUAUCUUACCAAGUUGUGGAUCCUUGAGAAACAACUCACUACAGAGUCCUGGAUAUCCAGACAAGUACCCAACUAAUAUGGAUUGUGUAUAUCAGAUUGCCAUUCCUCAAGGCAUGGUUAUGAGAAUGUCUUUCGAAUAUUUUGAGUUGGAAGAUUCAUUGGCAUGCAGUUUUGACUAUGUAGAGAUUUUCAACCAGAAGUACUGUGGAGAGAAUACUGGAACAACAAUUGAAAUAAGUGGAGACUAUGCCGUGAUAAGAUUUUAUUCAGACUCAAGUGUUCAGAAAGGAGGAUUCUCGCUGCUGUUCUCUACUAUCUCACCAAGUGUGUACAACGGACUUUAUCCUAUUUUAUCAUAA